AUGGCAUCUUCAUCUUUGCAACAAGAAAAAUGCAAUCAUGGUGAUGAUACUAGAAAUAUUGUGUUAAAAAAAGGAACAUGGUCAAAGGAAGAGGAUCAAUUAUUAAGAGAAUACGUGACAAAAUAUGGAGUUGGAAAGUGGGAUUCCGUACGAAAGAAAACAAAACUUGUUCGAGAUGGAAAAAGUUGUCGUAUAAGAUGGUUAAAUCAUCUAAAUCCAAUUUUAAAAAAGUGCUCGUUCAAUGAAGAAGAAGGAAGAAAACUUAUUCAUCUCUAUAAUGAGUUAGGACCCAAAUGGUCUCAAAUGUUUCCUGGAAGAACCGAUAACGAGUUAAAGAAUUUUAUUAAUUCCAAAAAAAGGAGUUUAAAAAACUCUAGAAAGCACCUCAUUCCAGAAAGCAUAAACCAAGUUGAUGAGUUGAAUAACAAUGUUGGACAAAAUAAUGCCUCCCAAGAAGAAGAAACGGCUCUACCAAGAAUGGAAUUUGAUCAUCAAGUACAUACUCUACAUGGUAACUAUCUUCUUGAUCAAAAUUAUGGUGACAAAAAUAUCAACAACUUUCAACAAUUUUCAACGUUGGCUGAUGAUUCAAGUACUUGUAUCAACAAUCAUGCUGUCCCAACACUGGAUGAUAGGUCUCUUAGACUCCCAGCAUUUCCAUCAAGUAAUAUGCUUUUUGAUCAAGAUUUUCCUCCAAUUCCACAAUAUUAUCCAGACAAUCUAGAUAUGGAUUAUCCAUUUCCACAAGAAAUGCAUUCUAACCAGUAUCUUCAAAAUCCAGAUCUAUCAAAUCAGAUGCUUUUUGAUCAAGAUUUUCCUCCAAUUCCACAAUAUUAUUCAGACAAUCUAAAUAUGGAUUAUCCAUUUCCACAAGAAAUGCAUUCUAACCAGUAUCUUCAAAAUCCAGAUUUAUCAAAUCAGAUGCUUUUUGAUCAAGAUUUUCCUCCAAUUCCACAAGAAAUGCAUUCUAACCAGUAUCUUCAAAAUCCAGAUCUAUCAUCUGAGGAGCCUCAAUAUGAGAUCUUAGAACCUUGGUUGCUAUCUGAAUGCGUUCCUCUUUGGUGA